UCAUCACUUUUCAGGAAGAACAGAUUACCAGCGGUACUCCGGAUCUUUUUAUAACCCCUGUGAUCGAGACAUCAAUCACUAUCCUGUGACCAAUCAGAUCAGAGGCAGUUGCAUUGUUCUCGCAGUUAUGGAGGCCACUGCUUGACAAUUCUGAGAACCUUACCUUUGGAAUUCCGUACAAGACAACAUGAUUUUGAAACAUUUGAAAUGUAUCUUGGUUCUACAAUACUUUAUUCAUUUGGUCGCAACAGAGAUUGCAGCUGAGAAAGCUCUCCCUGAGCCGCUCAACCUGUUAUUGACGUGGGAGUCUGAAUUCCGUAUAAAGCUGUCGUGGAACGCACCAGAGGAUUUAGAUGCAUCAUGCAAGGUGAACUACAUGAUCAUUACAAGGAUCGGAGAGAGGAGACCCAAAGUAGAGACAACUUUCAAGUUGUAUAAAGAGUAUAGACUCUCUAUGGAAGAUGCGGUGAAUUACACAGUGCAAACAAACCCCAAACACUGUACAGGCAGAACCAUAAGCAAACCUGUCAGCAAAUCCAUCACUAAACCCACAGAGUUGGUGAAGAAUUUCCAGUGUUCCCUCUACUCCUCUAAGGCAAUGAACUGCAGCUGGCUCCCAGCCAAUCAGGCCUCAGACCUCCAGCUCUACUAUGGGUACCUUGAUCCCUCCCACAUAGCAGCAUGCAGUGAGUACCAGUACAGAGAUGAUCAGAGGACAGGAUGUCACCUGAAAGGAUCCUUCCUUCAAUAUGACGUCUACUUCAAGGUCAAUGGGACUCUCGAUGGCUUAUCUGUACAGAAUAACUUCCUGGUGCUUCCUAGAUAUCAUGUCAAGCCCCCGGCCCCUAAGGUGAAGAUCACAGAGGAAGGUCAGAAUCUCAUCCUGAGCUGGGACCCUCCGGACAUAGGCGCUGUCCACUGCUGGAAUUUCAUCUUAAACUACAAUAAGUGUCAAGAGUCUCUGAGUAAGGAAAUACAAUUGGAACAUGUACCAGUGAAGGUUUCAUAUGACAAGAGAUGCCAGUACAGAGUCAAGCUUAAAGCAGUCUAUACGAAAUGGUGUGGGGAGGGAGGCAGCGACUGGAGCGAAGAGGAAAUCUAUGGCGCAGAAAUACGUUUUCCCCAAGAUUCCCCCAAGGACCUUAACUGCACUGCUUAAGAGUGUCCGGAGUGCGAGCUCUGCAAUCGAUCAUAGAUCAGCACUCCAACUCUGAAACCACUCAUGACCGCAACUUUUCCUCUCUCUAUACCUCUCUCUUUCCUUUCCUCUGUACUGCUCAAGCAGCUCUGGAUUUCUGUGCAGCUGCUCUCUAUGCUUCUCCACCCUAGCUUUUGAUGCAGCCUUCUUUCUUUUCUUAUCUGCCAAGUCGUUUAUCUGCCAAGAUAACAGAAGUUUAGAUUAAUUAGAUUGUUCUAGAUUAUUGCGCAUCCCCUAACGGGGCAUUACACUCAAAAAUGUAAAGUUUGGCACAUGUUUGCACACUUCAAAAGUAGUCUUAUGUCUCAAAAGUAGACUUAAAGGGAUAGAUCACCCAAAUUACAAAAGUACAUUGGAUUCCUUACCCUGUAAGCAGUCAAUGGACAAGGCAAGACAGCAAUCCAUGCUUUGGUUUAUAGCACAAAACCAGUUGAUAUCCCUGAUUUAUAAGCAUUUUCACAUUCCAUGUCCAAAUCAUCCCAGUGCCAAAAUUUGAUUGUCUAGCUCAAUAAAGUUAGUUUAAGAUGAUUUGGACAUGAAAUGUGAAAUAUGCUAAUAUCACAGAUAUUCAGUUAAAUUGGUUUUGUGCUAUAAAUGUUAAAAAGAUGGAGACAGUGACCAGGUAAACAAAACCCAAGCAUGGAUUGCUGUCUUCUCUUGUUCAUAGACUGCUUACAGGGUAAGGAAGCAAGCAGCAUACUACCCUGUACCCCACUGCUGGCUUGCCUCUGAAGCUAAGCAGGGUUGGUCCUGGUCGGUCUCUGGAGACCAGAUGCUGUUGGAAGUGGUGUCGGGAGGGCAAGUAGGAUGCACUCUUUCCUCUUGUCUAAAAAAAGAUAUAUCCAAAUCCCCCGGGGCAGUGAUUGGGGACAUUGCCUUGUGUAGGGUGCCGUCUUUCAGAUGGGAUGUUAAACGGGUGUCCUGACUCUCUGUGAUCACUAAAGAUCCCAUGGCACUUAUCGUAAGAGUAAGGGUGUUAACCCUGGUGUUCUGACUAAAAUCCCAAUCUGGCCACCUAAUCAUCCCCAGCUUCCAAUUGGCUCAUUCAUCCCCCCUCCUCUCCCCUGUAAUUAUUCCCCAGGUCAUUGAUAUAAAUGAGAAUGACUUCUCAGUCAAUUUAACUGGUAAAAUAAGGGUUAAAUUAAACUAACACAAAUUACAUAUUGGUUUAUUUAACUAUCCAUUUAAAACCACAUCCCAGGCCAUUCAUUGUGUAGAUACAUAUAUAUGCAAAACCCCCAAAAUGAAUGAAAAAGAUAAGCACCAAAUAAGAUCUGGAAAUUAUAUGGUGUUGAUAUUUUCCUGUUGGUGUUGAGGCAUACAGCUGGCAUGGUGUUUGUAUUCAUCUUGUGAAAAGGAGAAAAUAAAGAAAUUAA